CUACAACUCACCAUUAGUCGGUGACGCGCAAUCUCCUUGCAUCAGCGUGUGAGCGUGGACCGCACUUACCGGCAAAGUAUUAGUCACUUUAGUGUGUUUUAGAGUAGACAUUACUCCGAACCGAGUCCUCACUCAACGGCCAAAUGAAGCUGUUUGUUAGCGAAGGUAACCCACACUGUCUAAAAGUGUUAGCUGCUUUAGAAGUAGCUGGACUGCAGUGUGACGUCCAGUUUGUCAACCACGAAGAGAAACCUGUGCCCUUCCUGAGUCGUCCAUGUUUACCAGCCCUGCUCCUUCCAAAUGGACAACACCUUUUCAGCCCCAAUGCCAUAUGCCGAUACAUGUUUGAAGUGAGCGGACAAGAGUGCAGCGAGCUUUGUGAUCAAUGGCUCGAAUGGGAAGCCACAGAGCUCCAGCCUGACUUGCUUCAGGCCCUUCAUCUGGCGGUGCUUCAGGGCAAAGAAUCAGAGGCCACCCAAGUCCUCGCAGGGCCCCUCAGCUACUUGGACCAAAGCUUAACCAGGGGGACCUCGCCUUUUUUAACUGGGGAUGUCCUUUCCCUAGCUGAUCUUGUUGUGUGUGCCGCGCUGCAUCCGAUUUUGUCCGCACCAUCGCUCGCCUCAGGUGAACCCAAUUCUGUGAGGGUUUGGUUCGACCGUGUGGCCGCCUCACAGAGUUGCGUGUCGGCCUCUCACAAAGUGCUGCAGGGGAAAGGCCUGCAGGCAAUGAGGAGCUUCAUGCAGAGGCAGCCUGCGCCGCAGAGCGGCCAGUGCAGAGGCGGCACACAGCCAUGCAACAACGGCCCUGCUGAGGAUGAGGAACGUGUGGUGUCACAGGAAGAGAUGGAAGCUGCUGCUGUUACCUGGGGCAAGGGUUUAAAUGCAUCCACUGCAGCCACGAAAAGACUCCACCCGAUUCUGCCGCAGGAUGGCAAACGAAACAUCCUGUUGACCAGCGCCUUGCCCUAUGUCAACAACGUACCCCACCUGGGCAACAUCAUCGGCUGCGUUCUCAGUGCUGACGUCUUCUCCAGGUAUGGCCGACUGCGAGGCUGGAACGUGUUGUUCGUUUGUGGCACAGACGAAUAUGGCACGGCCACGGAAAACAAAGCCCGUGAGGAAGGCUUGACGCCGCAGCAGAUCUGCGACAAAUACCACACCAUACACGCCAGCAUCUACCAGUGGUUCCAGAUUGAUUUCGACUUCUUCGGCAGGACCACCACCGAGAAGCAGACGGAGAUAGCCCAAAAUAUUUUUUGGAGACUUCACAAAAAUGGCUUCCUGGUUGAAGACACAGUGGAGCAGCUACGCUGCGAGAAAUGCCAGCGUUUCCUGGCCGACCGCUUUGUAGAAGGCACAUGCCCUCACUGCAACUACCCGGAUGCUCGGGGCGACCAGUGCGACAAGUGCGGGCGACUCAUCAAUGCUGUGGAACUCAAGGCACCUCACUGUAAAGUCUGCGGACAGACUCCGGUCAUCCGCUCCUCCAAACAUCUUUUCCUGGAUCUGCCAAAGUUAGAGCCUCAGUUAGAGCAGUGGCUGAACAAGACCACCAGCAGCGGAGACUGGACAGCGAAUGCCAAACAGAUCACUCGCUCCUGGCUCAGGGAUGGACUCAAACCUCGUUGCAUCACCAGAGACCUGCGAUGGGGAACACCAGUACCUCACCCAGACUUUCAAGAAAAGGUGUUCUACGUGUGGUUCGACGCCCCCAUUGGUUAUGUUUCUAUCACUGCUAACUACACAGACAAAUGGGAACAGUGGUGGAAGAAUCCAAAUCAGGUGGAGCUCUACAACUUCAUGGCCAAGGACAACGUGCCGUUCCACAGUGUGGUGUUUCCCUGCUCCCUCCUAGGAGCUCAGGACAACUAUACACUGGUCAAUCACUUGAUAGCGACUGAAUAUCUGAAUUAUGAAGACACUAAAUUCUCCAAGAGCCGUGGCGUGGGAGUCUUUGGCGACAUGGCUAAGGACACGGGCAUCCCGUCCGACGUGUGGCGCUUCUACCUGCUCUACGUCCGUCCCGAGGGACAGGAUUCGGCCUUCUCCUGGGCCGACAUGGCUCUGAAGAACAACUCGGAGCUGCUCAACAACUUGGGCAAUUUCAUUAACAGAGCCGGCAUGUUUGUUUCAAAGUUCUUUGAUGGCUGUGUGCCCGCGAUGGAGCUGCUGCAGGAAGAUAAGAAGCUCCUGGCUUUAGUGGGCUGGGAGCUGCAGCAGUAUAUACAACUCAUGGACAAAGUCAAAAUCCGUGAUGCCCUGAAGCACAUCCUCAGCAUCUCUCGCCAUGGCAACCAGUACAUCCAAGUUAAUGAACCCUGGAAGAAGAUCAAGGGGGGAGAUGCAGAAUGGCAGCGUGCAGGCACCGUCACUGGCGUGUCCAUCAACGUCGCCUGCUUGCUGUCCGUCAUGCUGCUGCCCUACAUGCCAGCGGUUAGCCAAACCAUCAGGGAUCAACUCAAUGCACCGGACUCUUGCGUCAGUGCCAUGUUGCGUGGCACAGGCGCCUUCACACGCGUCCUUGAUGCCGGCCACCGCAUUGGCACUGUGAGCCCGUUGUUCCAGAAACUGGAGGUGGAGCAGAUUGAAGCUUUGAAGAAGAGAUUUGGUGGGCAACAGACACCGACUCAAAAUGCUGCCAGCCCUCAUUCGGCCGCUACCCUGCCCACCCCUCCGAUGGACGUGAACGCUGGAGCCGACCCGGAGAAAGCCCGGCAGCUGACGCAGGCUGUGGCUGAGCAGGGAGAAAAGGUGCGAGCCCUGAAAGUUCAGAAGGCCGACAAAGCGGCGAUUACAUCUGAGGUGUCCAAACUGUUGGAGCUGAAGAAACAAUUGACUCUGGCAGAGGGCAAGAGCCCUGAACCCACACCUGUCAAGGGCAAGAAAAAGUGAGACGUGCAAGUAAAAAAAAAAAAUCACAACCAGUGGAGGUGGUUAGCAGUAAAAGGGGGGGGGGAUGAUCGGAAGUACGAUAGCAGGAGAUGGGGAACAAGAUGUACAUGGCGAGAUGAGGAUGUUAGCCAAAGGCAUAGCCGUGACGGGAUCUGAGACAAUGCGUUGUUGGCACCGAGGGCUAAUGAAAUGCUAGCGAGGCCGGUGGGGAAAUGAAAACACACAAAGGGAGCUAAAUGAAUUCUGUUACAGAAUGGAGGGAUUUGGGAAAAAUCCCUACACUAAGGGAAACUUAUUUGAUACUCUCACUACGAUACAUUGAGAGUACCACGUUCGACUCGCAAGAUGCGCGCUUUAGUGUUUUUAUACAUCGUUUAAAAAAAAAAAAAUUAUUAACAGCUGAAAAUAUGUGGACGCUACUUAACUUCCUGUCACUCAUGUGCACAUAAUAAAACCAUGUAUUAAGAAAA